GAGUGAGAGUAUACGUCUGUUGCUUAGAAAGUUCAAGAAAACUUGAUUCCGUCAGCAAGUUUAUCGGUAUCCGUUGAAAACGCCUACGUAUAAAUUCGAUAAGCGUUAAAAAUGUAUCUUUGAUUUUUAGAGAUUACUUUUAUAGCCUAUAUUGCCCUGAAACAUAUAACAAAAAUGUCUGUGAACUUAACAAAGAAUAAUGACUCCCUCGUGGCUGCCUGGAAAAGUGUAGUUGACGACAAAUCUCCAGUGAACUGGGCGGUUUUUGGAUAUGAAGAUCAAACAAAUAAUCUAAAAGUUGUAGGAACAGGAGACAAAGGACUUCAACAGAUGAUUGAUGAAUUAAAUAGCGGGGAAAUAAUGUACGCUUUUUGUAGAGUAAUGGACACAAAAACGAGCCUACCAAAAUGUUUAUUAAUAAAUUGGCAAGGUGAUGGAGCACCGAUUGUGAGAAAAGGAACAUGCGCUAAUCACAUAAGAGAUAUUGAAAGACUUUUAAAAGGUGCUCAUAUAACAAUUAAUGCUAGAUCAGAAGAUGAUGUAGAAGUAGAUAUCAUAAUGGAACAAUUGGCUAAAGCAACAGGAUCUGCAUAUAAAUUUCGAGAACCUCGUGGGAAGGAUGUGGGUAAUUCAGGUCCGGUGGGAACGACUUACAAGCGCGUGAUUCCUGAGCAGGAAAUUAAUGCAGUAGAGCGUGAUGAAUUCUGGCAGAGGGAAGAAAUGGAAGAAAAAGCCCGAGUGGCUGAAGAAAGAUUACGAUUAGAAAAAGAACGUCAGAGACUUGAGUUGGAAACCAGGGAUCGUGAAGAGAAACAAAGUAAGUUAAGAGAACAACAGCAGGCAGCUGAUAAAGCUGCAUUGAAUCAACGUGAACAAAUUAAAUCAGAACAACGUGCCCAAGAGAUAAAGAAUUUGAGAAAUCAACAAAUAGCUACUCAAAAUGGCAGUGAUUCUGAGGACGAGCGCAAGUCGAGAAGCGAUGAAUUGCGCCGACAAAGAAGUAAAGAGGCGCAGCAAUUGAUUGCUCAGAGGACAAUCAAUGCGCGUGCGAUUUUUGAACAAAAUUCUGCUGCUGGUCAAAUGAAAACAACAUUUGGAAAUCAAUCUAUGCCAAGAUCAAUUGUCAAAGAGCAAAUAGCAAAAGUCAAUAAUGAAAAGGUUGUCAACAGUACACCUAAAGAACCUGUCAAAACUGUUGAACCACCACUGCCAAUAGUUGAGCCUGUUAAAGAAAUCCCUCCACCUCCAGAACCAGUACCAGAGGUUCGAGAGGCUCCAGUGAAUGUUAAUAAUGGAAAAGAGUUAACUCAAGAAGCUGAAGUUGUUGAAAAUAAUGUUGAAACUGAACUAUACAAUCAGUUAAGCAAUGAUGAACCUUAUUUAUACUUUGAUCCUAACAAUCAAGGAAUGAAAGCUAGAGCUUUAUAUGAUUAUCAAGCCGCUGAUGACACAGAGAUUACUUUUGAUCCUGGUGAUAUUAUCACUCAUAUCGAUGCUAUUGAUGAAGGCUGGUGGCAAGGACUUGGACCUGAUGGAACUUAUGGUCUCUUUCCGGCCAAUUAUGUUGAAGUUAUUGAGUAUGCUUCCACAUGAAGUUAAUUGGAUGAAACGGAGUUUAAUUGUUGACUGAUUUUUAUUCUACAAGUUUAUUAAUUCAUUGGAUAAUUAAUUAGAGAACUUAAUGAAUUUCGUAUUAUGAAGAAUUAUUGAGUAUUAAAAAUUAGUGUUUAAAAACUUCUUUCAUAAUUGGAGCCAGAAUGAACAAUUGUCAGAUUUUAAAAAUAGUGCAAUAAUGGAAUUGGAGCAAUUUCCGUAAGAUAAUGAGAAUUUGUCACUUGGUUAUCUAAAAGAACUGUUGAUUUUUUAAUUCUCAUGAAUCAUUCGUACUUAAAUGGACGCUGUCAUACAUAAGUUAAAUCUAAUUUACUUUAAUUGAUUUCAAUUAAAUUAAAAUAAUGCUCCAAAAUUGUUUUCAGAAUUUUUAAAAAUAUUUUCAUACAUGUUUUAUUAGUUUAUUAUUUUCUUUUUUUUAAAUGGUAGAUUAUUUGAUUUUUAUAAUUAGCUUAGACUUUUUUAUACCCUUUGAAUAAUUAUUCUAAUCGCACGAUGCAUCAAAAUGGUUCUAGUCCAGGUCAAGGUGAUGUAUUUAAGCAAUUAAUCUGAUUCAUACUACACUUGAGAUUGUUGUAUUUUGUAUGAAAGAUGACAAAUUAUAAAGAUGAAUAAGAAUACUAUUACAAGAUUGAUAAAGUAAUAAAAUGAAAAACCUAAUUAUCAACUAAAUGUGAAAACAAUGUUGAAUAAUAGUAGAAAAAUGGAGUAAGCAUUUUUUUUUUAAGAUCAAAUAGAAAUGACUUUUUAAACAUCUAAUUGUAUUAAUUAUUAAAAUACUGAAUCGAACAAAUAGCGAUCAAAUCUGCUAAAAAAAAAAACGUUAUAUAAAUAUACAUGAA